AUGACCGAGGAGCAGGAGCGUAGCGACUCUUUCAACUCCUGGGAGCUGAACGGGCUGAAUUCUUUGGAUCUCUGGGACUACACGGUCGAGUUGGAAUGUCUGCAAGGAACUGAAGAUUUGCAGUUAGCGGCAGAACUCGGAAAGACUCUGUUAGAGAGAAACAAAGAACUUGAAACAGGGCUACGUCAACAUCAAAAUGUUAUUGAAGACCAGGCACAGGAAAUUGAGUAUUUAACCAAACAAACGGUGGCACUACGCGAAGUAAACGACUCAAGACUGAGAAUCUACGAGCAGUUGGAAGUGAGCAUCCAAGACUUGGAGCGCGCCAACCACAGGCUCGCCGUCGACCACGCCGCCGACAAGAAACACAUUAAAACGCUAUGCGGAAACAUUGAAACAUUGGAGGGCAAAUGUGAAGAGCUUCAAAAGACUGUGGACGACCUAAAUAGCCAAUUGGAAAUUUUUAGACGGCGAUCGGAGCGAAAGCCCGAAAGCGAAAAACCCAAAGAAAAGCCCCCGGAAACGACUAGCGCUAUCGUUAAAAAAACAGAAACUAACGGUACUCCUCUCAAAAGUGCGCCCUUACCGGAGCUUACGAAAGAGGACGAAGACUUGUUGAGAAUCAGCGAUGAGCUCAGAGAGAAUAAGGCUGCAUUUGCACAAGAGCACAGGAGAGUCACUGAACUAGAGGAACAGUUGGCUUCAGUUAUUCAGGAGAAUAACAGGUUACAGGAACAGUUGAGGAAUUGGCACCAGCGAGAUGACGAACCUAAGUCGAUGCACGAGGAGUUCUCGAUCCUUGAAGAAGUCAGGCAAGGACAAUUGUGCAUCAGAUGUCUCCGCGGCAUAGAGCGCGACGACAUGUCUUCUAUGCUGGACGGAGAGGAAGACGACAGAAGUGCUAUUUCCUCUCUCAUUCUCACUCCAACCGGAAACCUGAGCCCCAAAGACGAAGUCAACAGCAAACUUAUGAAGUUCGACAACGCCAAGGAAAAGUUACUUCAAGGUAUUUGGGCAAAUAAGGAAGACGGCCACGAGAACCCGUACCGGGAGCUCGUGCAGAAAUAUGAGGCUUUACUCGAGGUACAACUGUCGCAAGGCAAAAACAUCAAGAAGAACAAGACGGCCUCGCCGAGCGCACAAAACCAGACCGGGCCGCUCUCACUCAACGACGAGCUGCAGACCUCCGGAGACUUCAGCCAGUUCAGCGUUAAGGACACCGACGAGGAAAGCGGCCACGGCGAAGAAGCUCAAAAAGAUAACCGACCGAAGAAGACGGAGCCCACGUCGCGCAAAAAGAUCAUCCAGACACCGGACUUCUCGGAGGCCGAAACUUCGAGCUCCGGUUUCUCAGACGAGACUAGCAACAAAGCGACACAAACCGAACGCGAGAGACCCGGCUCCUUCUUGUGCACAAUCGCAGACGGCGAGGAUUACCGGUUUAGUAUUUACGACGACGUCAGUCCGAUGGACAGUCGUUUCCGCAACAGGCCUGAAUACCGAGAAUUAUUUAAGGAGAUUUUUACAAUUUUGAAGAAAGCGGCAGAGAACAAAGACGAUGGAGAGCAGCUCCCCUUGCUCGACGACACGACGACCGGCAAAGUGCCACCCGUCACGCCCGCCACGGAGGAGCCGCCGGGCGACUUCACCGACGACACCCAGAGCGUCCUGUCGUCUGUCAUGUCCGAACAGUCCAUUCCAGUGUCCGACGUCACCGCUCCCGAAUCUUCGACGCCCAAAGAGAAGGAGCAGCCCAAACUAGCUUCCGAACCGAAGGAAGCCACGCCGAAGACGAGCGUCGAAAGCAACAAAGAAAACAAACCAGUGGCCGAGAGCACCGAGAAACCGAAAGCCAGCGAGCAAAGGAAAGAGAAGGAGAGAGAAAAGGAGAAAGAACGCGUGCUCACGCCUCUGGUGCGUCAGCCACUGGAGUACAUCGCGGCCACUAGAAAGAAGUCCAGGCAUCGCAAUCGCAAGCACAGUCAAGAUCGACAGGGAGCCGACUCGCCCGUCUUUCCGUCGCCACCGAAGAUCAUCUACCAGAAGUCCUCCAACAAGAAACGCAGAGAUUACAGACCCAUCGAGGUCAGUCCCCUCGCGAGGCCCGCGGAGGCCGAGUGGAACGGCUCCACGCUCCAGUUCUACAACAGGAACCUCAACUCGCCCACGCCCAGCGUGAGCGGCCGCACCGGCAAGAUCUACCAAGGAUGGAAUCCAGAAACAGACUCCUGGGACAUCAAACAGAGCACCGCGUCCCAAGAGAUCCACAAGCUCAGGAAACUGGAACUGUCCUACGCCGAGGUCCUGAGGAACACCGACAAAAACAAGAACAGGCGUAAGAAGCAUCAAUAA